GUGCCGGUGAUUUCAGUGUGUGGGAGUUUUCUGGCCACCAACCAUACUAUAUGUUGUAUGAUCACUUCAUUGGAAACACCAACUGUCUCCAUGCUAUUGUUUUCAGCAUGAGUGACCCAUAUAAACUACAGCUGCAACAGAUAACAUUUUGGCUUUCGUUUCUACAAGCUUGUAUUCCACCUGAAGAGCCGCUACAGUACUGCGGGAAGAGCAGUAGUCCAGCUAAGGUCGCUCUGAUUGCUACACAUGCUGAUGUGGCUGGCUGCUACCGACAUGCUACAACAGGAGAGUACGUCAGUGGCGAAAUUUCAGCGUUGUUACAAGAGGUCCAAAGAAAGUUCCAACACAUUUUUGACCUUCAUGAUACAGUUUUUAUCACAGAUGCUCACGUGGCUGGUUCUCCAGGAAUAAAGAAUUUAAAACAGUACUUGAACAUGGAAAGAACAAAGGUUAUUCAGGACGUUCCCAAGAGCACAGGAUUCUUAGAAGCUAUGGUCACUCAUCUGCAAUCUUGGAGAAAAUCAUCAUGUUCAAAUCCCGUGUUGCUAUGGCAACACUUUAUUGAUAUGGUUCACAUGCAAGUGAACCCCCUAGCAGGAAUAGAACACAUGAAGGAGCUUAUUCAACAGCUGCAGCUUAUGGGAGAGGUUUUGUUUCUUAAGUCAUCCCCUUACAAUGAAGAUAUGGUGGUGCUAAACCCAAGGUGUUUGUGUGUAGAUUUUAUCGGUCAUCUGUUGUCCCAAGAGCACCUAGAGCAAGCACGUGUUACAGGAUUAUACACCACUGAUGAUUUUCAACUUCUCUUUCCUGAAACGCACGCUUUAGAUUUACUGCAGGUAGCACAGGCCUUAAAUAUAUGCACUCGCUGUGACAGUGAUGACGACGUUGAGUACGAGUUCCCCUGCUUUAAUCUCAUAGAAACUCUAGAAGGAUUGUGGGAGAAAGGAGAUAAGCGCUAUGUUAAUGGGGCUUAUGCUGGCAUCAAGAUCCAAGCCCCAAGUGAAUUACCUUAUAUCUUAGCUUGCCUCUUCCCUCGUCUUCAGGUCCAGAUGAGAAGGUCAGCUAAUGAGCACCCUGAUCCAGAAAAUGACCUCUACCAAUGGCAUCAUGGCUUUAAAUUUUGUAGUGGGUGUCUAGAAGGGUUGGUGACUCUUGCUGACCAUAGAAAAACCAUUGAGAUCAAAGUUCGAGGACCAAAUUCACGAAGGACAGACUGUUUCUACUUUCUGGAAGACCUGGUGAGUGUGGUGGACCAGAUGAUGAUUGAUACCUGUCCUGGACUCCUCGUAAGUAAGCACCUUCUUAGCAGCUCAGAACUCCGGCUUCAUUCACUUCAGCCAGCUAGUUACCCCCCUGACAAGGUGAUUUUGGCUCUUUUAAAGAAUGGAACAUCAGCCGUUGUUUUAGGGCACAGCCACAAGGAGGAAGUAUUGGACUUGGUUUUUUUUGGUGCAUCUGAUUUAAUUGCUCAGUGUCUUACUCCAAGGUCUGAGUCUAACGCUGAUGUGGGUGUUAUUCUUGCCCCAGAUCUUCAUGUAUCUCACCUGUCACUGCUGUCCCGCCAGAAGUUGUGUUCUGUGCUUGAUCCCCCAGAAUCAAUGGGACGAGAUUGGUGUAUGCUCGGGGUCCUGCUCGGAAUGUCCGAAGAUCUCCCUGAUAUAGAUCCUGGCACUUGUCCAUCCUUCAGUCCGACUGCUCGUACCCUAGAAGAGUGGACCAAACAUCCUGACAGUACAAUUGGAAAUCUUCUCACAAAGCUGGAGGAACUUGGUCGGAAAGACGCCAUUCAGGUCAUCCUUCAGUCAGCUCCACUCUUGAAAGUAUUUCCUUCACCAGAUGAAUUCCAGGACAACCUGGAUGUGGCUGGAGCAGGUUCCCACUCGUCUAGUUCCAACGUUUCUUGAUAAGAUGAUAAAAGCAUCCAUUGCUUUCAAAGAAAUUAAAAUAUCAUUACUUGUUGUUUUCCAUUGCUAUCAGAGAAAAGAUCUUUCUUGUCAUUUUUUUUCUGUUAAAUUCCUUGGAGCAAAUAAAAAAUAAAUCAUUCAUCGAGUCUAAAAAUUCAUAUCUCGAUAUAUUGUCAUAUAAUGGCAAAUUCGUCAUAUAUUUACAUUUUGUGAGACUUUUUAUAUGUAUAAUAUUAACAAUUGAAAAUAGUUUAAACGGUUAAUAUUUAAUGUGUUGCUAUAAAAAUCUAAAUACUCACCUUACAGUUAACCUAUCCUUAUACGAAUUCAUAAAAGGAGAAUCCAGCUGAAUUUACUAGAACCUUUCUUAAUCUGCAUGAAUUUUUAAACGUAUUCCCAUUGUGAUAAAAACCACACUCAACUUAACUUUAGUGUGUAAUUAACUGUGUGGUUAUAAUCAUUAGAUAUGAUUCAAAGAGUUGCGCACUGAGAUGGAACUAACAAUAUGUCUUUUUAGCAUAUAUUUAAAUUUCAUUGUUUGACUUAGUACAACUUGGAAUGAAAAACUAUAAUUUUUUUCUAUCUUCAGCUGCUAGCAAUCAAGACUUACUUAUUUAAGUUAAAGUUUAAACAUUUCGA